CACUGCAUGCCUGUGUGAAAUGUGGAGCAAAAGUGAUUUGUGCACUGUAAUAUUUGUGCGUUAUGCCAUUUUUCCGUGAAUUACCCUCAUUGCGAAAGCAUGUGUAACCUGAUGUGAUUAACGUUACAUUCAUUGUCUGUAUAUGAAGUCUUUAGCUCAAAGCAGAGUAGGUUUGUAUGUAUUCAGUAGGAGCGGUCGUGAGUCAGUGUGUUUUCGGUAGUUUUUGUAUUUCAAUUUAUCAACGUCAUGGUAAAUUAUUGUGUUUGUGGAGGUUGCACAAACUCCAGCCUGUCAGGACAUCGAGUCCACAGGUUCCCUAACAAGAAAAAGGACGGUGCUAUCUUCUGUGCCUGGGUGCGUUUUGUGCAGGCUAAGAGACGGGACUUCACUUCUGAAUCUGCUUCGAAAAACGCGGUGGUGUGUAGCGUUCACUUUACACCGGAGGAUUAUCAUCCCGGCGAUAUAAUGGAGUUCAACAUGGGAUGCCGAAGCAAGAACCAAGUGAGACUCAGAGCUGGUGCGGUUCCUUCGGUGCACUCAACACCGGGUUCGGCCGGCGGGAGACGUUAUUAUGGUUACAGAUCCGUCAGAGAUCCAGCUCGACGAAAACGUAAACUGUGCUCGGAUUUGGGAGACAUUGCAAGUAAUGAAGGGGGAGAUGCAUCUACAGCCAGUGCUGCAGUGCUUGCUGACCCAGAGCAAGAGACUUUCUCUCCACUGGACCCUCAAUCAUCUGUGCUUCACUUCUCACAGUGUAACCUCAGACCUUCACAUCGUUCAUCAGGUUGACAGUCUCUUCACAUCCUGAUAGCAAUCAAUGAAUACAGUUUUAAUAUUAAAGUUUCUAAAUAUUAAAAAAAAUCUUAUGCGGAAGUCUCAGGACGAUAAAAUGUUCGACCAGUUUAUGCGGUCCGCAGGCAAUGAUAACGUCCUACCUGCCUGUCUACCUGUGUGUACUUCUGCGCACCCUGCUCGCGCAGCCAUCACACGUCAUCAGCGCGUUCCAAGAGGCUAUGCAGAGUAGAGUAGCAUCUUAUAUUGCUUACGGUACGGUCACUGAACGAGAAUGGCAGAUAAACAGCAGCCACUUUUUGCAGUUUUUCCUCAACCAACAACGCCUGGCACAGGAAAACAAAGUAAGAAAAGAAAAACCGUCUUACAAACGGCUACGACGAAAAAACGACUGGACCAGCAGAGGGCUCAAACCAGAGUAAACAUCGGCGUUGCUUUUCCACGCUGGAGACAACUGCGGGACUCAAAGGGACUGAAAACUGACGCGAUGGUUGCAGUUUUUCUUUUGGAUAGUUACGAGAAAACUACAGCAUCCACACCUUCGGUGCAUGGACUCCUUAAACCACCACCACCAGUUUCGACUAAUAUUUCCGACCGCAAAGGGCAGGAGAUGAAGUCUGAGGGUUUUGGUCUUUGGAGCUCAGUUUCACUUAAACUUGAGCAAGUGCAAGAAGUGGGUGAAGGAAAUGAUUCGUCCUCCUUCAGUGUGGACAUCAUACAAGUGAAGCAGGAAGACCCAGUACAUGUGAAGCAGGAAGACCCAGUACAUGUGAAGCAGGAAGACCCAGUACAUGUGAAGCAGGAAGACCCAGUACAUGUGAAGCAGGAAGACACAGAUGAGUCUGAGUUUUGGUGCAGUGGCAGCGUGCAGCAAGAUCCAGAGAUGUCUGGGGGUGUAGAAGCUAGUCACCCAGUUUCACUUAAUUUCAACAAAUUAAAAGAAGUGGAUCAUUACUGUGGAAAUGGGGAAUCAGUACCUUCAGAGGAUCUUGUACAAACUCUCAAAAGUGAGGAUUUGAAGACUGAAGAGCCCAUUGAGGAACAGAGCAUGGACAGGAAGGAUCACAUAAAAGUCUUUUCCUCCAGCAUCUCACACCAGGCCACCCACAUGCAGACAAUCAUGCAGACAUGCAAAGUAUCUUCUCCCAGCACUCAAACUGUUAGCACAGUUUCUGAACUGGCCAUGAAGAGUCAAUGUGAAAAUAAAUUAACUGAAACUGAACUAAAUAAAUAAAUAAAUAAACAAAAUAAAUUAACUGAAACUGUCUAAUUCUUGCCAAAGUCAAAGAAGAACUCCAAGUACAGAUCGCAGUUCUUCAAAACUGAAUUAGAGCUAUUUUUUGUAAAAAAUUCCCCCAGCACUCAGCAUGCUCUCCACAUAGUGAUAUUGAUUAUGGUAAGCACAUAUAUCUGCACUGUAUCAGUUGAAUUUUUAAUUAUGCAUACUCUCAUUUCAUCUGUUUUGACAUUUUCGGUUUUUACAUUCAGCUGUCAUCUACAUGGGUUAUUUAACAAUACUUUUACAAUAUCCAUUUUUCAAACGACAAUUUUCAAACUCUUAUUAUGCUGUGGUACCUCGCUAACAACUGAUUUUUUUUUUUUUUUUUUUUUUCCAUUUAUUUAGACAAUAUUUAGAUUUUUUUUUAAUUUUUUUUUAUUACUAUUAUUUUUUUUUUUAUUUAAUAAUGGUAAUUUUUCUCAGUUUUGGACAUACAUUUUUGGCAUUCUGAAAAUAGUAAUCGGCUUAUUAAUAUUAGCCAGAAUUUUAAAAUCACAGCUCUUUUAUUUUUUUGGGUAGGUAUUAAAGCAUUUUACAUUGUUCUUAUAGGGACUGUUAAUGGAUAUUUUGUGGUUUUACCUUUUGUGCAGAGAAACUUCUGAAAGGCUUCCACAGGAAUUGCUUUAAUAAAAAAACACUAUGCAAGGCGAGAGAAAACACAACACAGAAGACCAAUCAUGUGAGACAUUUCAUUCUCCACAUGGCAAAAGGAUGUCCUCCAAUCAAAACAUUACUCUUCUUGGACAACAUGGAGCAGAUUAAUGAAACAAGUGGUCCAAUAGCUCGCCUCACAUGAUAUUCAAGGAAGCACAUUCGGAGACAACUGAGACAAAAGCUAAAGGACAUUAACACACUCAUAAAAUCCCACAUACUGACUCUCAAGGGCUCUGGAGACAAUCCCUCUACACCGACGCGGCAGGUAAACGAGCACUUCAUGAGAGCAUGGCUGUGCCUCACUGCAUGUGAUGCUGACUGUACAUGCCCAGUGUAACACAAAAAUGUUAAAAGUGAUGUUGAUUAAAAUAUUUUAUUUUUAUAUACAAACUACUGUACAUUUGAUUUAGAAGUUCUUCCAUUCAGUUGCUGUUUAGUCUAGUUUUUUCUUUUUUUUUCUGGCAGAGAAAUCACAAUUGAACAUGUACAGUAAAUCAAUUUACUUUGCACAUGGGUUCUCAGCCUUGCACAUGUCUUUAUGUAUAUUUGCAGCAACAUGUAAUACAAAAAUAUCUUGCAAUAAUAAUAAUAAUUUCCAACAACUAUUAUAUAAUAAAAUAUUUGAUAAAAAUGUGAUAAAUACCUUCCAUAAGAAUGUCUAUAGGAAAUGUUAAAGCAGUGUUUAAGAAUUAUGUUUGCAUUAUUUAUUCAGGAAAUAGUUAAGGGGAAUUCUGCACUUGUUCAUAAGUUCAGGUGCUGUAAAGAAUGUGCUGUUUCUCAAAUGUAUGAGCAUGAGUAAUCAGUUCUUCUACCACCUCAGAAAAGGGCUUUGAUUUCCAUUGAAUGUUUUGUUGCUGUUUUUCUUUUUCUGCUGGUAAUAAAAUUGACAAAUCUUAA